CUGCGCUAUAUGUAUAUAGUACGAACAGUAUCGCCUUUAAAUUAACCUCCUACUUUACAAAUGCAAAGUAAUACGUUCUCUCGCGACGGGGACUAUAAUUUUAUCCCCAUAUAACUUUUAAGUGACGGCAGUAUUAUUUAAAAUAUCGGGAAUGCUUUAUUAUAACAUUUAGUGUCAAUGACAUGGAUAAAAAAUAAUACGAGAUAUCAUAUACUAUCAGUGCAUAUAAGUAUAUAAAUAUACAAAUAUGUUACUGAAAACGGGUAGACUUGUAUAAGAAUCAUUGUUUAUCAUCCAGUAAACGUGUAUUAUCAUUUUAGCAACCAGAUAAGAGUUAUUUCUGGUUAAAUUAAAAGUAUUCUUCCGCAUUUAUCACAGAAUACAGAAUAAUUACAAGGUGCCACGUCAACUAUAUAGAUAAAUAUACACGGCUAUCAGCAUGGCAUCUCAGGUAUAUGAAUUUGGCGUAGAAAUGACAUGCGAAGGAUGCGCUAAUGCUGUAACAAAUGUGCUUAAUAAGAAAGAAGGUGUCAAUGAUAUACAGAUAGAUUUAGAAGGAAAAAAGGUAUUUGUAACCUCUAGGCUUCCUUCUGAUGAAAUAUUACAAACUAUUAAGAAAACUGGAAAAGCAUGCCAAUAUUUAGGAAUAAAAAAAUAAUGUUGAUUUAAUUUUGAUCAGCAAUUUAUCAAAAUUAAUAUGUAUGAUUACUAAUUUACAAGGUAUUCUGGUUGUUAAAAUUCUGUUAUUUUUCAAAUUGGUAAUGAAAAGAAUGUGAAUAUUAAAUUUAAGGAUUAAUUAAAAGUUGUUUUAUAUAAGAUUAUUAUUGUAUUUUUAAAUAUGUACCACUCAAUCAUAUAAAAAAUAAUAUAACUUUAUACAUAAAAUAUAAUCCUUACUUUUUUAAUUCUUCUUCUAAUAUUGUUAAACGUUGUUCCAAGCUCAUAACAGCAUCAUGUAAUGACUGUACUUCUUCACUAAGGGCAUCUACUGCAUUACUUGCAUGCAUUUCAGAGAAUUGUUUAGAUAAAUAUGAUAUAUUUACAAUACGACCUUCUUCAACUGGUUUUUGGUUUCUCAUAUUAAUUAUUUCAGGUUUCAUAUUUUUUGUCAAAGCUUCAGGGUCAGGUGCUUCACACUGACUUUUCUCGGGUUGUACAUUUAUAUUAUCAUACUUUUCAUGUAAUGGCUAAAAUAAUGCAAUACAGUUAUAAAUAAGUA